AUUUUCCAAAAUAGAGAGAGUAGAGCCCAAAUAUACCCAAAAACCCAUUGCCACACUCCAAUUCCUUCAACAAAAAAUGAAAAACCGCGGGAAAAAGAAACUAGGGCACGCAUAGUUCGUUCAUUCCCCACUCUCUCUUUCCUGAAAAUUUGCUGGAAUCGAAAUCAUGGAAGCGAACGAUGUUGACGAAGAGGAGUUUGGAUUCUCAAGAAACUAUUUUCUUGCAAAGGAGUCUGGAAAGAAAUCAAAUCGUAAGCUAUCCGAAAUCGAUCUUGUUGACGAACAGGAGCUAAGAGCAGCGGCAUCUAAUAUUGAGCCUAAACACGAGAAGGAAAUUGCAGUGUUGAUAAACAGUUAUAGAAGUUUGUAUCCUAAGUGGGCUUUUGAGUUAAGGUGUGGUUUUGGCCUUCUGAUGUAUGGAUUUGGGUCUAAGAAGGCACUGAUUGAAGAUUUUGCUUCAACAACGUUAACUGAGUGUGCUGUAGUUGUAAUCAAUGGCUAUCUUCAAUCAAUCAAUCUUAAACAGGUUUUGAUAGCUUUAGCCGAAGUUUUAUGGGAUCAAUUGAAAACCCAGCGAAGAACUCCUUUGGCUAAAGAUCAACAGCCAUUUAAUGCCCGAUCAGUGGAUGAUCUUCUUGCUUUUCUGGAUGGACCACACAUGGAGGGAGAUGGAUGUUUUGUUUGUAUAGUCAUUCAUAAUAUUGAUGGUCCUGGAUUGCGAGACUCUGAGACUCAACAAUAUCUUGCAAAAAUAGCUGCUUGUUCUCAUGUUCGCAUUGUUGCUUCUAUCGACCAUGUGAAUGCACCUCUUUUGUGGGAUAAGAAGAUGGUUCACACACAGUUUAACUGGUGUUGGUACCAUGUCGCUACCUUUGCACCAUACAAGGUUGAAGGAAUUUUCUUCCCUUUGAUUCUUGCACAUGGUGGCACUGCCCAAACUGUGAAAACAGCUUCAAUAGUUUUACAGAGUUUGACACCUAAUGCCCAGAGUGUGUUUAAAGUCCUAGCAGACCAUCAACUUGCUCAUCCUGAUGAAGAAGGGAUGCCAGUCAAUGAAUUGUACACAAUCUGUCGAGAGCGCUUCCUCGUGAGUAGCCAGGUGACAUUAAAUUCCCAUUUGACAGAAUUCAAAGAUCAUGAGUUGGUCAAGACCAGAAGGCAUUCUGAUGGCCAAGACUGCUUGUACAUUCCUUUGACAACUGAAGCACUUGAAAAAGUGGUAUCAGAGAUGAGUCAGUAAGAUUCAUUAUGCCGUGGCCAGUGGUAAAUAUUUUUUAAUCUAUAAAUGGACUUCAUCUGCAGCACCGGUGCUAGGUCGGCUAGCAGAAAUUCCCCUUCGAUUCAAAUUGGCUGUGAUGCCAAAAUUGGUAAUUCUGCAUUCUAUUUUCUAUAAUGAUGCGAGCUACAUUGUGCUUAGGGUGCAUUUUCCUCAUCUUGGACUGGUUACAGCUCAGACAUUCAUCGUUCAGAUGCUACCGCUGCCAAAUCCUUCUGUGAAGAACGAGUUUGUUGAUCUCUGGUACCUUUCCAAUGCUAUCAUCGUCGCAUACUUGCAACUUUAGGCUGGUUCUAUCUUUGUGGAAAAACAAAUCUGCCCCUGCAAUCUACUGUUUAGUAUGUAAACACAUUUUAACUCUGGUGUAGCAAUAUGAUGAGUAAUGGUUGUGGCUAUUUCCAUUGAGCAAACGAGAAGCAUGUUCUUGCAAAUUUAAGGCUCUGUUUGUAAGUAAAA